CUGGAUACUCCCCUUCCCUAUAAAUAUGUAAAUAAUGCACUUUAAAUUGCUUAAACUCGCGAUAUAUAUUCUUUAUUCAUGAAAUGUCAAAUAUGUAAUUUGCUAAUGUUGAAUUCAUCUACAACUUUUUAUUAACGUAAAAUCAAAAUUCGCGGAUGUCAAACCCGCGAAUUUUGAGUAAUUACUGUAAACUGUCUUUUAAUAUAAUUUGAUUUUAGAUUUAGGGCCAAUCAAAAAAAUAUUAUUUCAUAUAAAUUGGAUACAAAAUCUAUAAUAUAAUAUUAAUAUGUUUCAAUAUAAUGGUUCUUAUUUAUUUGUAUAUCAGAACCUGAUUAACUGGGAUUAUUGAUGUCGAUUAUACAGGCAGCUGAUUUUUUUACAGCUGACGGUCUAUCAAAAGUUUUCACUGAGGUUUUAUUCCAACUUUUCAGCUUAAUCUUUUUAUAAUGUCUGCCUGGAGAGCUGCCGGUCUCAACUAUAUCCAAUACUCAAACAUUGCUGCUAGAGUUGUUCGACAAUCAUUGAAACCAAAUGUAAAAACUGAAGCUCUCAAAAGAGAAGAGUCACAUCAAUAUCUUCAACAUAUAGCUUUCCUCAACCAAACUCCAUCCUCAGCAGUUCCCUCCACCUCUCUAUUAUCCAUUCUAACUGAGGGUCUUCCUCUCCUUCUCCCCUCUGCCUCCCAAUUUAUAAUUAUCUUUGGUAUUCUCUCGCUACACAUUUGGCCAUAUCAUCUGAGUCUCCUUUCUUUCAUCACUUCUAGGGCGGGAUUUAAAGGUAGGAAAGGUAUUGGAGUGGGGAAUGUGGGAAGGGAUAAGGAUCAGAUAAUGAACGAUCUGUCGAAAACAGCGGUUCGCUGGGCCCUUGUGUAUAAAUCUGAAGACCGGGUACGAACAGAGGAUUUGAAUUGA